AUGUCUCGAACCGAGGCAACUUUCCUGCGCUUCACUUUCAGCUUCGAACUUGCCCAGAUGCCCAGCCUCUGGUCGCUGACGGUUGCCAUCGCAACAUGGGGCCGCUACUUGGAUCCUUGUGAUGCGCAAGGCUACGACUCUCUUCUCCUCAUCACAACCCUUACCAACAUGGCCACCGCAGCUACCUCGUUCCACCUAUUCCUUUAG